AUGUAUAUACAGAAGCCGUAGCUAGCUAGGUUCCAUCCUCUGAUAGAAUUGACAGUAACAGUGGGCAUGGCAGAAGAAGUGAAGCUUUACAGGACAUGGUCAAGCCGAUAUAGCUUAAGGGUGGUGUGGGCACUAAACAUCAAACAUAUUGAAUAUGAAACCAUCCAUGAAGAUCUGAGCAACAAAAGCCCUCAUCUUCUCCACUAUAAUCCUGUCCACAAAAAGGUUCCUGUCCUCAUCCACAACGGGAAACCCAUCUGUGAGUCAUUGCUAAUCCUUGAAUACAUCGAUGAGACAUGGCACAACAACCCGUUGUUACCUCAACACCCGCUCGGCAGAGCACACUCACGAUUCUGGGCAAAAUUUAGCGACGAGAAGCUGAUGCCGUCGAUCAGGAGUUGUUACUACUCGAAAGGGAAGGAACAAGAAGAAGGUGUUGUUCAAGCGCUGGACAACCUUAAACUCAUCGAAGAACAACUGAACGGCAAGAAAUUUUUCGGCGGAGACAACAUCGGAUUCCUCGACAUCGUACUGGGGUGGGUGGCUCACCUGCCUAGCGUGUUCGAAGAGAUAACCGGCCUGAAAUUGAUCGACGCCGAGAAAUUCCCUGUUCUGUCGGAGUGGAUGCACAACUUCUAC